AUGAGUACAAAUAAAAUUAGUAUUUAAGCUUCCCCUCUCUCAUAAUCAAAGAAGACGAUAUGCUUACGAAGAAAUUUAAAUAGUUAAGAAAGAAAUAUGAACAAGGAUUAACCAAAGCAAUUGCCUCCGCUUAAUUAAUAAAAAAGUUAUCUAGAUCUAAUCUCCUAAUAAACAAAAUCAUUUAUUUAACAAACUCCACCUUAAAAUAAAAAUGAAAAAUAAUUAAUCUUUGAUAAAUAAUAACAACUUUAACAAAGUCAAGGCAUGUUUUUUUAACAAACCUAAUCUAAUGCAAGACCUCCUAAACCAUAAAUAACCUAACAAACAACAAAUAAUUGCAUAAAACAGACUUUAUAAAACGCUCAAAAUGAAAAUUAAAUAACUAAUAUCCAAUAUCAAUAAUAGAAUUAAAUUGAAGGCAUUGCGAAUAAGUAAUAAGAAUAAUAUUGCAAUAGCAAAAUCACUCUUUAAUAGGAAAUUUCUAUCCUACAACCAGAAUAAACCAUAAAACAAUAAAUAAAUGAAAUAACAUCUCCAAUCAAUUCAUAGGAACCAUAAUCUCAAGGUUAAUUUAUGAAUUCGAAUCACACUGUGCCGACCAUAACAAAAUAAUCGAGAAGCAAAUAAUUUCUAAAAAAAUAAUUAAGCAAUGCUUUUAAGGUUAAAACAGAAAAUUUUCAUUCAUAGCCAUAGGAUUUCUAAAUUCCUUAAAAUAAUUGUGAGAAUGGAGAUAAUAAUUAAGAAUCAUUGUAGAAUUUUUAUUCUGGUAGAAAAAUAAAUUACCAGACAGAAAUUGAUUAAAAUCCUGAUAAUCAAUAAAGAUAAAAAUAGUCUUGUGAUGCUAACCAAUUUAGAAUUAAAAGUUCUAAACCUGAUCACUAAGAGUUAAAUAACCAAUAAUAAAGACCAAAGGAAAACAGAAUAGAUUAGAUUAGGCAUGUUUCAAGUCCAAAUCCAGGUCCAAAUGUUCAAUGCCUUAAGGAGAUAGUGGAUUCUUAAAGUAUUAAUUAAAAUCAAAACAAUAUUAAUGAAAAUUAAUUACCUUAAGAAAAAGAACUAAAGCUUUCUAAUUAACUUUAAUAAAUAAUUUAAAAUAAUACUAAAUACUUAUUUUUCAAGUGUUAAAACGAAGGUUAAAAUUGUAAUUAUUUUUGUAUUGUGACUAAUUUUCAUAAUUAAAAUUAUUAUUGCCCAAACUGUGACAAGUUUAGUGUAAAAGCUGAUUUUAUUUAGAAAAAGUUAACUUUGUAAUGUGGUCACACUUUAACCUGUUAUGAUAUCAUGAAAAUAGUUUAAAAUGCAAUUAAAAUUGAAUAACAUGCUCGUUGUAGUGAAUGCAAAUCGGAGUUAGAUUAUAAACUCAUUAAAUGCUUCGAUAAAUCUAAAUACUAUAUUAAUCUAAAAUUAGAAAUCGAUAUUUAACUUUUGAAGCAGUCAAUACUGAAGAAUACAUAAUUAAGAAUUGCCAAGUGCACAGGAUCUGAUUGUAAUUUUUAUACUAUAUGGGAUUCUAAAAAAAAUUAAUUACUUUAAGGAUUUUGUAUUUCCUGUAAUUCGAGAGUUGCAUUUAUUAUGGAUGAUAAUUAAAAUUUACCUUACAAGGUUAAUUGUGGACAUGAACUAUCAAAAUAAAGAUUAUUAGGAUUAGCUUCUGAUGCGCUAAUUAGAAGGAAUUUCGCUAAAUGCCCAUAAUGCCAAAUUUUUAUAUCAUUAAAGUUCUUUUAGUAAGUUUAAUCUUACGGACUUUAAUACGUUGAAUAAGCUUGCAAAAGAUAAUUAGAAAUAAUUAAAUAGUAAUUUUAUGAUAAGUAGGAGGUUGUGCUUUCUUAAUGUAGUACCUAGGGAUGUAGUUUUUUUUAUGUAUUUCAAAACAAAACUAUUUGUAAUUCUCAAAAGCAGUAUAUCUUCUCUAAAUAAUUUAAUUUGAAUAAUUAAAAGAUAUUUAGUUUUUGUCCUUAAUGUUAAUAAUUUUCAAUUUCUAAUGAUUGGAAAUCAAGAACAAAAUUACAAAAGUAAUAAAAAAUGCAAUUUUAAUAUUCUUGA